AUGCUUGAAGUAGACGUCGCUCUUGGCCUUGUCCACGAGAAGGAGAUGGCGGUCCGCGUAGCUUGCGUUGACUUUGACAUCGCAAUCGCCAGGCUGAGGCAGACCCUUCAACUACCCAUCUCGAAGGACGCCUGGGUGUCUUCCCUGGCCACACGCUUGAACUUCCUCAACAAGGAGCACCGCAUCUCGGUGAAGAAUGAUCUGUACGCUCUAUCAGCCCGCAUGCAAGAAGUCUACAGCCCGAAGAACGCGACAUCCGACGUGUUAACUCUGCUAGACGAACGUAUUCAGGAGGCGACGGAAUUUCUGGCUAUGGCUGAGUCGCUCAUGGCCGAAUGUGAGGCCUUGUACGAUCAACGCGUUUCCGAGAAGAACCUCGACGUUUUUGAGCGUGUCCGCCUCCGCCGCUCGAUGCCGACGAUUCGUAAAGGCAUCCAGAAAGCUAAGGAGCACAAGGAAGCUAUCCAGACCAUCAUGACCGAAUGGAGGGUGUACUUCCGUCUCUACUCGUGCGAGGCGGAGCUGUCCAAAUUCCUGGAAGACCUUCACACCCACAAGUUGACAAAGACAGCGGCGGAGGAGAUAGCAACGCCUGUGUUCGAGCGUAUCGUCGAGAUCAGCGCCGCCCGCGACAAGAUUGUCAGCGAGAGUUCGGCGAUCGGGCUGCAACUCGAGGCCUCCUGGCUGACGUAUGGUCGCGGAGGCGUCCGUGAGCGCGAACUUCGGCGCGUUAUGCGCCAGUAUGACGCUCUGUUGGAAAGUGCCGAGACGGAGAAGGCCACCCAAGUAGCUGUUAUGAAGGAAGCAGAGGCUCUCGCUGGUUUAGCCUGCUCGCCAGUCAGUAUCUCGGGGCCGGACGGUAGCCAGAUCUUCUUCGACCGGCUGCGCAAUGCGUACACUCAGUUCAAGCACAUUCACGUUGUUUGCGACUCAAUGCAAGCGUUGCUCCAUCCCGUGCGCGAGGCCCUGAGAGCCAAUAUCGAUGGUCUACGCGGUGAUCUGAUCCUCUCUAGCGUUAUAUACGAUUUGUAA